AUGGCGUCUUCUCGCAUCCCAAUAUCUGAAAUUCCCAAUUUAUCUCUUCUUUACAAGCUUAAACAUUUGGCUCCCUCGAAAAGCCCUUGCGUCGCUAACCCAUCCCAAUAUCUUAAUGAUUCGAUAUGUCUUAUUACCAGCGACAUAACCAAGCUCGAGGUUGACUGUAUUGUAAACGCCGCAAACAAAUCUCUUCUUGGAGGAGGUGGUGUUGAUGGGGCAAUCCAUCGUGCGGCUGGUCGUGGUCUUUGGCAAGAAUGUCGCUCCUUGGGAGGGUGCAUGACUGGCGAUGCUAAGAUAACCAAUGCCUAUAACCUUCCAUGCAGAAAAGUUAUUCAUGCAGUUGGGCCCAUGUACUGGGCGGAUGAAGAUAGGGAAUCGCUUCUCCGCAGUUGCUACAUGCGCAGUUUGACGAUCGCCGCGGAAAAUGGAUUGAAAAGCAUUGCUUUCUCUUCAAUCAGUACUGGAGUGUACGGAUAUCCGAGUUCGCAAGCAGCGGAGGUGGCUAUUCGUGCCGUCAAACAUUUCCUGGAAGCCAGAUCUUCUCCCCCAGAACGAGUAAUCUUUUGCACUUUUGAACAAAAGGAUGUAAAUGCUUACCGUGCUCUUCUUCCAGCGUAUUUCCCACCAACUGAUCAAGAUCUUUCAAUGGCAACGGAAGAGGCCACUGCAGCACCUCUCCCUCCCUCGUCUUCGCCAGCAACACUUGCAGCGACUCUACCUGACCCACCCACCUCAGAACUCACCCUAGAAGGCCAGCCGGAUGCCAAAAAGGCCAAAGUUAGCUCCGAUGAUUCCAGUGGCCGAUUUCUUGACAAGGUUGACGAUAAGAAUGAGGAUGACUGGGACAAGGUUGACCAGGAUGAUAUAACCAACACUGCGGUAGAGCGGCUCGAUGAAGAGCCUGUUGAACUGGACGAUCCUCCUUCUUCUGCCGAAGUCCAAAGCGUUGUAUCCAGCACUGCAGACCUCAAGGAGAGCGACGUUAUGGAGGGGAAGAAAUGA